CUGUUGAAAACUUUGUUAAAACAUUGCUAGCUGUUCUUUCGCAACUUCAAAAUGACAAUAAUAAAGUUGCUAGAUUUUUUCAUUUUAUUUAUGAUGUUUUGGGACAAUUAUCAGUAAUAAAUAAAUUUUUUCAAAAGCGUAAUCUUUAUUUUCGUAAUAUUAUUCUUAUGAUUGAUGCCAUGAUUGCAAGUAUUCAAAAGAAUUAUAUUACAGAAGCACAUUUGAGUUAUCACUUUCAACUUUUUAUUGAUCAUACAAAUCCAUUUAAUAAUAAUGAUAAUAUAACAUAUUAUAUGCAUAUAUUUGCAUAUAAUAGUUAUGAUUAUGAUGAUCUAUUACAGGAUGCUUAUGAAUAUGCAAGUAUAAUAACUACUGAAAUUAGAAAUUGUUUUCCAAAUUAUCCUUUGCUUGCAACAAUGAAAAUUUUAAAUCCUAUAGAAUGGUCUUGCAAAAAAAAAGAAUUAUUAGAAUUUAGCAAUGAUGAAUUGCAAGUUUUAUUAAACCAUUAUGGAUCAUUAAAAACUAUUAAUGGACAAAAUUUUUUACCAUUAGUAGACUAA